CCGCGCCCCCGCGCGGUGCAGUCGGGCCAGGUCCCCCCAGGCCUGGUGGGACAUCGGCGGCGCAGGAAGAAGUGUCCAGGCGAGAGAUUUUGCUAUAGGAGUUCACAAAAAAUAUUGAAAUGUCAGAGUCCACACCAUUUAAGAUGAGACUGGUUCAUCUGGACCUUAAAGGAGCUCCACCAAAGAUCUCAUACCUCUCACAGAUUUUUCCUCUGUUCCGUGCUCUAGGUGCAAACGGCCUCCUCAUUGAGUAUGAAGACAUGUUUCCUUAUGAUGGCCCUCUGCGGCUGCUGCGGGCCAGGCAUGCUUACAGCCCCUCUGAAAUCAAAGAGAUACUGCAUCUGGCCAGACUGAACGAGCUGGAGGUGAUUCCCUUAGUGCAGACAUUUGGACACAUGGAGUUUGUGCUGAAGCACGCUGCAUUCGCCCAUCUCCGGGAGGUGGCAGCCUUCCCCAACACACUGAACCCCCAUGAGGCAGAGUCCCUGGCACUGGUGGGCGCCAUGAUUGACCAGAUCCUAGAGCAGCACCCAGGCACCCAGCGGCUCCAUGUCGGGUGUGAUGAGGUCUACUACCUAGGAGAGGGUGAGGCCUCAAGACAGUGGCUGCAACAGGAGCAGAACAGCAAAGCAAAGCUGUGUCUGUCCCACAUGAGGGCGGUGGCCAGCCGCGUGCUGGCCCGGCACCCUGGCACAACACCCCUGGUAUGGGAUGACAUGCUACGGGACCUGCCCCAGGACCAGCUGGCAGCAUCGGGGCUGCCACAGCUGGUGGAGCUGGUGCUCUGGGACUAUGCAGCUGACCUGGAUGUGCACAGCAAGGUGCUCCUCGUGCAGAAGUUUCGGGAGUGUGGCUUCCUGCGGCUGUGGGCAGCCAGUGCCUUCAAGGGUGCCACAGGGGCCAGCCAGGCCCUGCCCCCCAUCGGGCUCCACCUCAGGAACCAGGCGCAGUGGCUGCAGGUGGCGAGCAGUGGGCCUGCGGACUCACUGCAGGGCAUCAUCCUGACUGGCUGGCAAAGGUACGACCACUUCAGUGUGCUGUGUGAGCUGCUCCCCGUGGGAAUCCCAUCCCUGGCGGCCUGUCUGCAGUCACUUCUACAUGGCGGGUUUGCCGAAGAUGUUAAAUCGAGAGUGGAGAACUUUCUGGGGGUUUCAAACCUGGAAAUAACCGAUCCUAUGAGGGAGGGCACCGGCUCCUUCCCUGGCAGUGCCAUCCUUGACCUCGUCAUGCAAAUCAGCCUCCACCUGCGCAGCUCUGUGGACACACUCCUGGAGAGCAGGUAUGUGAGUGGCUGGUUCAGCCCUUACCACCGGAGGCGGAAGCUGAUCCACCCUGUCAUGAUCCAGCACAUCCAGCCAGAGGCGCUCAGCCUCCUGGCCCGGUGGAGCACCCUGGUGCAAGAGCUGGAGACCACCCUGCAGAUGGCCUUCUAUCCAGACACUGUGGAAGAGUGGCUGGAGGAGAAUGUGCACCCGAGUUUGCAGCGGCUCCAGGCCCUGCUGCAGGACCUCAGCGAGGUGGCCGCUGCACAGUCCCUGCCUGCUGGCCCCAGUUGGGGCGCUGGUCAGGACACCUGAGGGGAGGUCGCAUGCCUAGGCUGGGGCUCUUGCCGAGGGUUAGAGGCACUGUUCUGUUCACCUGAGUGGCACCUGGCCCAGGUGGGUCAGCUGUGUCUGCUUGCUGCUUACUCCCUGCAAGUCCCUAAGGAAAAAGCACACCAGGACCUGUGUUAUGAUCUGCUUGUACAACUUUAUUCUUCUGAAAUAAAAAGGACAAUGAAAGCUAGAAGUCA